GUACCUGAACGCAUCAUUGUUGUUAUGCUCCAGCGUAGGAUCAGUCAGAUGUCUUGAAAUAUGCGUGUAGAACGGUCUGUUUUUGGCCAUGUAAACUUCCAAAACGCUUGUGUGAAUACAUGUGGUUUCAUUGCUCUUCUGUUUCGAGCUUGCCUCCUCGUGAGUCGACUCAAAAACGGGAAGUUAGCCUGGUAGCGAGCUCAAGUCCGGCUGCUAACAGUAGCUGAACAUGGCUACUAGAAUAGAAUGCAUAUUUUUCAGUGAGUUCCAUCCAACUCUCGGCCCCAAAAUAACAUACCAGGUUCCAGAGGAGUAUAUUUCACGAGAGCUGUUUGACACUGUACAAGUGUACAUCAUCACCAAGCCAGAGCUGCAGAACAAACUAAUAACAGUUACUGCGAUGGGCAAGAAGUUGAUUGGAUGCCCUGUGUGCAUCGAGCACAAGAAGUACAGCCGAAACGCCCUGCUCUUCAACCUGGGCCUGGUCUGUGACGCGCAGGCCAACACGUGUGCUCUGGAGCCUAUUGUCAAGAAGCUGUCAGGAUAUAUCACCACUCUGGAGCUGGAGAGUGGAUUUAUCUCAAAUGAAGAAAGCAAACAGAAACUUCUGCCUAUCAUGUCGACCCUGCUGGAAGAGCUCAAUGCCACAGGAGCCUGCACUCUACCAAUAGAUGAGUCCAACACGAUCCACCUGAAGCUGAUCCAUCUGCGGAAGGAUCCUCCUAUCGUACAAGAGUAUGAUGUGCCAGUGUUUACGCAGUGCAAAGAACAUUUUGUCAAAUCUCAGUGGGAUCUCACCACUCAGCAGAUUCUGCCCUACAUCGAUGGGUUCAGGCACAUUCAGAAAAUCGCGGCUGAGGCUGACGUGGAGCUCAACCUUGUGCGUAUCGCUGUGCAGAAUCUGCUGUAUUACGGAGCUGUGACCUUGGUGUCCAUAUUCCAGUACUCCAACGUGUAUUGCACCACCCCGAAGGUCCAGAGUCUCAUGGAUGACAAGUCGAUUCAGGAGGAGUGUCUCAACUAUGUCACCAAACCAGGUCAGAAGCGGGCCAGUCUUCGGGACGUGUUCCAGCUGUACUGCGGUCUGAGUCCGGGUACCACAGUACGAGACUUGUGCUCUCGAUACUCGCAGCAACUCCAGAGGGUGGAUGAGAGGAAGCUGAUACAGUUUGGCCUGAUGAUGUCACUGAUUCGGAGGCUGCAGAAGUAUCCAGUGAAGGUGACGCGGGAUGAGCGCAGCAGGCCGCCUCGACUCUACACCGGGUGCCACAGUUACGAUGAGAUCUGCUGCAAAACAGGGAUCAGCUACCAGGAACUGGAUGAGCGUUUGGAGAACGAUCCGAACAUCGUGGUGUGCUGGAAGUGAUAUCACAUGAUGGCUUCAUACAAACACUCGUUCAACGGCGUGCCUUGGCCGGAGGUGUCUUUGCUUCAGUGUUUGCUUUUACUUUGGGGGGGAAAGUUUUAUAUCUUUUUUUAAGACCAAAAUUUUAAUUCUAGUGAUGAAGUCUGGAUGCUAUUUAUAUUAUAUGUCGAGCAGAAAAUGUAAAUAAAGCUGUGUGGAAUGACAUGGUGUCCAUUAUUUCAGAUUUCAUUUCUUCAUUGUCAGUUUUCUGUUGCUCUCAUUGUUCACGAGAGCUUUUGGUGUGGACUGUGAUUUCCUUCGAGCCUGAACUGCUGGGAUCUGUGCUGUUGGGUCGGUCUGUCUGCUGAUUCAGUUGCUGGAGGAAAUGAUUGCUAAACCUGCACCAA